GGUUGUGCUCCCCCUGCGGCGCAUCAUCCAAGUGGCUGCUGGGAGCUUGAACCAAUGCAUUGCGGCGAUCUGUCGGGCUCGCCGGAGCUAACACUAGCAUUCCAACUGCAUGAGAGAUGCAUAUGUACAGAGACAGUCAAUGCGCGGCGGGGCCUGGUGACUUGAGACACGUCGAUAGACUGAUACCAGGGGCCAAGAAUGAUUAUGCAAAUCACAUUGCAGCCGGAGCGUCAGCAUACAAAGAUACCGCAACUCUGCAGUACGCAGUUAGUCAAUAUACUUUUCGCUCUCAAGGUCUUCUCGUGUCUAUUCCAAUUUCAUAGACUCUUUCCAUGGCCUUAGAGGCUCUAACAACGAGAGAAUGGCCAUCGCUCGCGCGAAUUCCGGACUGCCUCCGCCCAAUCGAAAUCAUCGGCCUUAAGCAAAAGUCAGACGGCAGAUCGUCGUUCCUUUUCAGACUCUACCAGAGCGAAAUAAGUUGGUGUUUGCUUGAGAAAUUCGACGAGAUUGAUGUCUCAUAUGUCGACACGAUUUACUACCUGUUCGAAGACAAUCAACCAGAUAAACUCUUACCUUAUGCCCUGGUUAGAUGGCACCCAAUUUGGUUCGAUAUUCCGACUAUCAAAGCCUGCAACGCUUUUAUGGUGGUGGCGAACGCUUUCCUCUGUAUAGUCGGGCAAUGGCUUGAUCAGAGUGGCGAUAGCAGUUGGCGGUCGGCAGAGCGAUUGCACUGGGACGGUCUGAAGCAUGAGAUACGAGAUCCAACAAACGGGAAAGUUGCGCAUUUAUGCCUUGAGGCGAACUGCAAGCGUUGCAAUGCAAGAACAAACGAAGACGUACACGAGCUAUCGAGGCAUUUCGAUGAGUUCACACUCUUGGAAGAGAGGAAAGCACUCACAAGCGAGGUACGAGACUCAGACGCUAGUUACAAUAUGUGAAGGGACAAGAAGGAUUUGACCGCGUGUACCGAAGGUUUAUCGAUAGCAGACGGUCAUAGGUAGCAUGCAUACGAUGUAGUACGUGUAACUGGAGCGACUAGAGCGGGGCCACUGUGCCUUAGCGAUUGGUCAAUAUAUCUACAUAUGCUAUGCAGAUUCGUUUCAGCCAGUGGGACGUUCU